AUGGCGUUGCGAACUGCGCUAGCUGCUCUGCUAAUCUCGUUGUGCGGACUCGUGGAUGCGCGCAUCUUCUCAUCUCCGGAUCAAUUGCCCCGGAAUGAGUACGAUUUCAUUGUCGUUGGUGGCGGUACUGCUGGCGCAGUCAUGGCGAGCCGUCUUUCAGAGGACCCGGGUGUGUCCGUUUUGGUCAUUGAGGCCGGACCAAGUAACACCGCCGGACCCGAUGUCGAUUUGAUCGAGACGCCCUACUUCGCCACCAGUGUCAGUUCAUCGUUCGAUUGGAAUUAUACGACGGUGCCACUGGCCGCUCUCGACAACCGGACGAUCCCGUAUCCUCGUGGAUUCGUUCUCGGUGGGAGCAGCUCAAUCAACUACAUGUUUUAUACUCGCGGCUCGUCCGAUGAGUUCGACUUCAUCGCCAAUUUUACAGGUGACUCGGGUUGGGGGUGGAAGAACAUGUUCCGCUAUAUGCUCAAAUCGGAGACCCUGUUACUAAAUACACCGGACGCAGCAUCUCAAGUCAAUGUUUCGUUACACGGCACAAGCGGACCGAUCUUCACCAGUCUCCCAAGCAACGCAAGCAACAUCGACUCGCGGGUUAUCUUGACGACGGAAGACAAUCCUGAAUUCCCCUUCAACCAGGACAUGAACUCCGGUAACCCAUUGGGCAUUGGCUGGCUACAGUCGACAAUAGGAUUCGGAGAGCGCAGUAGCUCCGCUACAGGGUAUCUGAGUGAGGCUAUCGUCAGCAGGAAUAACCUAGACGUUCUUGUCGGUACUCGCGUCACUAAACUGCUUCAAACGGGCAUGCGAGCCGGAACACCCAUCAUGCUCGGACUGGAGGUGGCGAUCGAUGCUCACAGUCUGCACAUACCGCUGCACGCCUCUAAGGAGAUCAUUCUCUCUGCAGGCUCUAUUGGAACGCCUCAGCUCCUUAUGCUCUCCGGCGUUGGCAGUGCGGAUGAGCUUCGCGCGCACGAUAUCACGCCAAUUCUAGACGUGCCUGAGCUCGGAAAGAACCUACAGGAUCAUCCGUGGGUACCGCUGCAGUGGACGGUGAACGACACGUCAUUGGACGAGCUGCAGAGGCAACCAUCGAUGUUGGACGCCGCAUUCGCGCAAUACAACACUUCCAAGACCGGCAUCAUCGCGAACAACCCCGGCGGCAAUCACGUCGCUUGGCUCCGUCUGCCGGAUAACUCGUCUAUUCUGCAAGAACUAGGGGACCCAACAACAGGCCCAUUAUCCCCGCACUACGAAUUCGCGAUCGUGGACUCCUAUCUUUCCUUCUCGGCACCACUGCCAGAUACCGGGCACUUCAUGUCUAUGGGUGCCGUGCUUGUAUCUCCUACUUCGCGUGGUAGCAUAUCUCUCGCGAGUGCUUCUGCGUUCGAUGCACCCCUCAUCGACCCAGGCUUCCUUAAGACCGAAUCGGAUCUGCGCAUUCUGACGGAAGCCGUGCUGGCUGCACAUCGCUUCACGUCUUCACCCGCAUGGGAUGACUACAUCAUCGAGUCUUUUGGAGACUCUGCCAACACGACUUCUGAUGCAGCCAUCGCUGCGUACAUACGGCAACAGGCAGAGACGUUCCGUCACCCUAUCGGGACCGCUCGUAUGGCUGGCUUGAACGAUACUGGCGGGGUUGUCAGCUCAGAUCUCCUCGUUAAGGGUGUUCACGGUCUACGUAUCGUCGACGCCUCAAUCUUCCCCAAGAUCUUCGGUUCUCAUAUGCAAGCCCCCUUGUAUGGAGUGGCGGAAAGGGCUGCAGAACUUGUGAAGGUUGCCCAUGCACUGGUAUGA